AUGGGUUGAAAUUGAAUUGGAAAUAACCAAUUGCAAGCCAGACAAGCGUGAUCAGAACAAAUUUGAGUUAAGGUUUUAGUUCAAUGGCUAGCAUCGGUUGUCCUAUUGAGAUGGAGCCCAAGACCUUGAGUCAAGGUCAGAUCGACCAUGCCAGGGAAGUCGCAGCCGAUGUAGUUCAGAAGAUGGAACCAAGCGAAGCAUCAAACAUAUUCGUUGAGGGAAUGAAACCGGUUGUUCCGAUAAGCCAGAUGGAGUCGCUGGCCGAGGCUAAUAACAUUGUAAAGCCUGUAGACAAAACUGUGGAGAAUCUGAAGAAGGCUCUGCUGGAGAAGCCUUGCCAGUGCUUGUGCAAUGUCGAGGCACCCAGCAGCUUACUCGUCGACUCCCCCGACAACUUCAUGGACGCGCUCAAGGAGCCUCUCUCAGCUCCGUUCUGAUCAACCCAGAACGAUAUAAAUCUGCAUGAACUUCCAGGAAUUUAAGGCCUGGGAAAUGUGCAGUCCGAAGCUGGUCGAAGAUUUCAAACAGAGUACAGACUGGAGCUGCCAUGUUCUUCACUGCGAUGAGGAUUGAGGAUUGAGGAUUGUUCCAUCUUGUGUUGAGAUGGUGCCUUAACCAUGCAAGCUGCUUAAUCAAGGGGCCCACACAAUUCAUAUCACGCGGCUCUUGAAGGGCAUUGUGGCUCUUAAUAUAAGAUAAUCAAACGCCUCUUAAUUAUGAUAUAUAUUUGAUCUUAAUGAUCAAAUGGUGAUAGAGAUGCUAAUUUGUUAACAAUAGCUAGGGGUAGGACGUAUCAUAUCAUGCUAGCUAGUUGGCUUAUGUGUAAUCUUUUUUUUUUGAUAAGUUGGCUUAUGUGUAAUCACAUGAAUAAUCAAAGCCAACAAAUGGCUGCUGCGGUAAUUUGUAAUAA